CUGGCAGAGACAUCAGGGCUACAGAUGGAGCCGUCCGGGGGGGAGCAAGAGCCAGGGGCCGUCAGGCUCCUGGACCUGCCAUGGGAGGAUGUCCUGCUCCCGCACAUCCUUAGCCGCAUUCCCCUGCGGCAGCUGCUCCACCUGCAGCGAGUCAGCAAAGCCUUCCUGGCUCUUGUGCAACUGCACCUGGCGCGCCUGCGCAGCUUCGAUUCGGCACAGGUGGGCCCCCAGGUUCCGAGGGCAGCCCUGAGCCGGCUGCUGCGUGACUCUGAGGGGCUCCAAGAGCUGUGUCUGGAGUCGUGCCGAGAUUGGCUGUCCGAUGAGGACCUGGAGCCAGUGCUGAGCCGGAACCCUGGGCUGCGGCGCGUGGGGCUGGCGGGCUGCGGGCGGCUUAGCCGCCGGGCCCUGGUGACGUUGUCCUUGAGUUGCGCACAGCUGCGCUGCCUCUCACUCGCCCACUGCGACUGGGUGGAUGGCCUGGCUCUUCGGGGCCUCGCUGAUCGCUGCCCGUGUCUAGAGGCCCUGGACCUCACGGCAUGCCGACAGCUCCGGGACACAGCCGUGUCCUACCUGGCCCAGCGCCGCGGGGCCCAGCUCCGAUCUCUCUCGCUGGCCGUCAACGCGAAUGUGGGGGACGCUACUGUGCAAGAGCUGGCCCGAUGCUGUCCCCAGCUCGAACACCUAGAUCUCACCGGCUGUCUCCGAGUGCGGAGUGACGCCAUCAGGACCCUGGCAGAGUAUUGUCCACGCCUUCGCUCACUUCGGGUACGUCACUGUCAUGAUGUGGCUGAGUCCAGCCUGAGUGUUCUGAGGAAACGCGGUGUGGACAUCGAUGUGGAACCACCCCUGCAGCGUGCCCUUGUCCUGUUACAGGAUGUUGUUGGCUUUGCUCCCUUUGUUAAUCUGCAAAUCUGACCAAUUGGUGAACAGUGGAAGAUUGAGGGUUUAGUGAACACAGCUGGACUGUGGGUCUAGGAACACCCUGCGCUGGGGGGCUCUACCUUUGUCCUUACCCUCAAAUGGAACUGGAGCCUGGACAGUCUCACCAGCUUUGGGGUUGGGGGGGAGAAAAGGGAAGGAGAAAGAAUGCUAGAUUGAGGCUGGGGGGAGGGUAGGCAGCUCUCUCUGGGGAAAGACGGAAAUAAAAGACUACUUGAACCUGGCCCAACUCUCCUGCUGUAGGGGGGAAGGUGGGAAGGACAUGGAGGAACAGGGCCAAUACCAAUCUAUAUUCUUCAUGCCUGAAUGGCUUGGGAAGGGUAAGGGAAAUCAGAUAAGGAUCUUCUCUCAGUUGAUGAGGAAUAAGUGGUUGGUGAGAGUAGCAUAAAGUACACUUG